UUUAACAACAACAAAUUUUCAACAAAAAUGUUCAAAACAAUCAAGACCUCAACAAUUUUGGUUCUUAUUGUGGCCAUCAUUCUAGUCUCGGCUCAAUCAUAUUCAUCACCAUCGAAAAAUAUUAUUCAACAACAAUAUGAACAAGGUGGUUCAUCUGGCUCGGAUGAAUUUGACAAUGAACGAAUGAGAUCAAAUAGAAUUGGUAGAGUCAUACCGUUGGCUGUUAAAACACGUCAAACAAUCGAUAUUGUACCAGUUGAUAUUCCUUUGGAUCAAAAUGAACCUUAUAUCAUUGAAGUUGGAGCCAAUUCAUUACCAUUAGUGAUGCAAUUUAAAUCUGCUUCAAGUCGAUUACAAAUUGAACAAAACCAUGAUGGAAAUGAAAUAGAGCGAAUUGAAGAAUCCACAUCAGAAGAUCAUCCAAAACAUCUUCGUCAUCGUGUUGUGAAACCAAUCAUUCAGGAAGUACGUGAAAUAAUUAAACCAUAUCGAAGAAUUGUACAGGAAAUUCAACCAGUUACCGAAGAUAUCCGAACAAUCAUAGCAAAAAAACAAGAAUCAUCAAAUGCACCAGCAAUUAAACAAAAUGAUGAACGAGGUGGUUUUACCGGUAGCAGUUCAUUCGAUAGAACAAAACCAGAAUCAUUACCAAAUUAUCCAACUAAAACACCAACAACUUUACCAAGUUAUCCAAGCAAAACAGCUCGAUCAAUUUAUUGGAGUUCGAAAAAUUAUUAAAUACUUUUCUUUUUUUAAUUAGUAAGAUGAUGAUGACAAUCUGAAUGAUAAUCAUACAGACUAUUUCACAAUAAUUGUCACUAUUAUCAUUUAUUUGGCGUCAUUUCCUGAAAACAAACAAACAAAAAACAACAAUAAUACGGGUGGAAAUCACAAUCAACAAAAAC